AUGACCAACGUAGCAGACAUCGAAGCCGCCAACGCGCAGUACGCCGCCGCUUUCACAAAAGGCCAUCUCCCUCUCCCUCCCAAGCGCAAACUGGCCGUCGUCACCUGCAUGGACGCGCGCAUCGACGUCUUCUCCGUCCUCGGCCUCACCGAAGGCGACGCACACGUCAUCCGCAACGCAGGCGGCCGAGCCAGCGAAGCGCUCCGCAGUCUGAUAAUUUCCCAGCGGUUGCUUGGGACGGAGGAAGUGGUUGUCAUCCAUCAUACGGACUGCGGGAUGCUCACCUUCAGCGACGAGGAUAUCAGAGCCAAGAUCCGGGAAGAGCUUGGCGAGGAUGCGUCGGAUAUCAAGUUCCUGCCGUUCAGGGAUCUGGAGGCGAGUGUGCGGGAGGAUGUGAGGUUCUUGCGGGGGAGCAGACUUGUCCAAGGGAAUGUGACGGGGUAUGUGUAUGAGGUGGAGAGGGGGCGCUUAGUCCGGUUGGACGUGAGUGAUAUAUGA